AUGACAACUACUGAAGGGACAUUCAAGGCGGGCGACGCAAGCCUCUACACCAAGACGUGGACGCCGACGGGUCCUGUUGUCGCCAAGCUCAUCUUCGUCCACGGCUUCAGCGAGCACAUCAACCGCUACAACGACUUCUUCCCCAAGCUCGCUGAGCAUGGCAUCCAGGUGUUUUCAUGGGACCAGCGCGGCUGGGGCCGCAGCGUGAAUCGGCCCGCGGAGAAGGGUCUCACCGGCCCAACCGCGCAGGUCGUCGCCGACAUUGUCGCCUUCAUCCAAGAGAAGCUGCCGUCGGACGUGCCGGUGUUUGUCAUGGGCCACUCCAUGGGCGGCGGCGAGGUUCUUACUCUUGCGGGAGAUGCGAAGCACCGGCAGCUGGUGGCUCAGAUCCGGGGCUGGAUCCUCGAGGCUCCCUUCAUCGGCUUCUCCAAGGGCGAGGAGCCCAGCGUGGUCAAGGUUGUUCUGGGGAGGUUGGUUGGGCGAUUGCUGCCGCGGCAUCAGCUCAAGCAUGUGGUUCCGCCGGAGCACCUGAGUCGCGAUCCGGAAGUCGUCGAGUCCAUCAGGAACGACGAGCUGUGCCACAACACCGGCACGCUGGAGGGCCUGGCGUCGCUGCUGGAUCGUACGGCGUUGCUUUCAUCUGGGGGAGUGAAGCUGGGUGGUGAUGUGAAAUCCAUCUUACUGACGCACGGCACAAACGACAUGACUUGCAGCUAUGAUGCGGCUGUCAAGUUUGUCAAUGAGCAGGCGGCGGUUGAGGACAGAGAGACCAAGUCGUAUGAAGGCGCAUAUCACCAGCUUCACGCGGACCACUGCAAGGACGAGUACACAAAGGACGUUAUUGACUGGAUCCUGAAGCGAUCUAAAAUCGAACCGAAGCUGUAA